AUGAAGGUGUUGAUGUUUCUUCCGCUGGCGGCUGCUGCGAUUGCUAUCCCCGAUCCUGAAUGGCAAGCUUUCAAGCACAAGUAUCAGAAGAGCUAUGCAAGUCCGGCCGAGGAAGCAGCGCGAUACCGUUUGUUCAUUGAAACCAAAGCGCGUGUGGACAUUUUGAAUAAGCUGAACGGGGAACCCGUUUUUGGCAUUACUUGGCUGGCUGAUCGCUAUGAUGAGGAGAAGUACCAGAGGGGUCUGAAGAAGCCCAAGAACUUCGUCCCCACCGCGCCGGUCAAGAACUCCACCGUGAUGCGUGGCCGUUCGCGCGCGGCGGCCGUGGACUGGCGUCUGACAGAAGCAGUGACACCGAUCAAGAACCAGGGCCAAUGUGGCAGUUGCUGGGCUUUUUCAGCGACCGAAGCUAUUGAAUCACAGCUCAUCAUGGCCUCUGGUGGGAGGUACGAUAUCGAAUUGUCCCCCCAGCAAAUCACAAGCUGCGCGCCAAGCACUGGCACUUAUGGAUGUCAAGGCUGCAAUGGUGGCUUUACCGAAGGUGCUUAUGACUAUUUGAAGACAGCUCCCGGAUUGGCCAACAGUUUUUACAUCCCGUAUGAACAAAGCCUCACUGAAAGCACUGAAACCGCGUCUUGUCCCAAAUCGAAGGUGGAUGCAAUGUCUGGACCCUACAUGGAACUUUCGGGUGGAUACGCGCAAGUCACAGGCUACAGCUAUGCUAUCCCACCCUGCACAGAAGGCAGCUGCGAGAAUCAGGACUUGAAAGGUUUGGCCUCGGCAUUGGAAGAAGCACCAGUCUCUGUUUGUGUCAACGCUGGAGUGUGGAAUGACUACACUGGCGGCGUGCUCACGUCAGCAGCCUGUGGGCCCAUGGGUGCUGAGUAUCAGGAUCAUUGCGUCAUGGCGGUGGGCUACAACAGUACCGCACCGAAGCCCUAUUGGAUCGUGCGGAACAGCUGGGCUUCGACGUGGGGAAUGGCUGGCUACAUCUACCUUGAGAUGGACAAGAACACGUGUGGUCUUGCGGAUGACGUGACAAUUCCUCAUGUGAAAGUGGACCUGUCCAAGGAGGAAGCAGCAGAGAUUGCCAUCAUGCGCUUUCUCCGGCACGAGAAUGUGGUCAGGUGUUACGAUGUCUUCUUGGAGAACCAAUUCGUGAGUGUUGUCAUGGACCUCUUCAACGGGGGCGACCUUGUGGAUGGACUCAACCUACAUCGCCGGGCUUCAGGGCGGCUGCGAAACAAGCAGUUGCGACACCUGGCCAAGCAGAUGACUGCUGCCGUGGCGCAUGUACAUAGCCUCGAGAUCAUGCACCGGGAUGUCAAGGGCGAGAACUUUUUGUCCGACCGGCCGAACAUUGCUGACCCCCAUGUGCGAGUGGCGCUGUCGGACUUUGGCACCGCGAUUCGGGUGGAUCGUGGGGAGAAGGUCUACACUCGAGUGGGCACACCUGCCUUUUGGGCUCCGGAGAUCUUCGUCGGCGCAUACGACUUCAAAGUGGAUGUGUGGGCCUUGGGAGUGACCACCUACAUUCUUCUUUGCGGCACCUUACCCUAUGAUGGACAAGAGGAGAUUUGUCGACGACCAGGCCCUGAGGAGCCACUCGUCACUUUACCGCCACACACGACCAAAGCCUGCCAAGAAUUCCUUGAAGCAUGCUUGGUCAAGGACAGUGAGACUCGCCGUGUGGCUAAAGAGGUUCAGACCUCCGAAUGGUUCCAACGCGAAGCUGAAGAUUCUCCAAUGGCUGCGGAGAAGGAGGAGGCUCCAAAAGACAAGUUCCGUGACCUGUUGGAAGGCGACGGUCUGCUUGCGCUUUUCGACCGUUUCUCCACCCGUCUUACGGUAACCUGCUGUGGUGCUAUUAAGCUCUGUUUGGACUACUUCUGCGACGAAAAGCAGGUGGAAGCUGCUGCAGCGCGCUGGUCGAAAGCUUCCACCAAGUCCUCUGGGAAGGCGAAGACACUCUCUGGCCUCGUUGAGAAGGAUGUCUUUGAGAAGCAGGCAACGGAUCUCUCCAAGCAGAUCUCGACAAGUCUUUUGCAGCAUCAGGACUCUCUGCGACAUUGA